AUGGUAUUGAAACAAAGAAGGUUGCCCGACAAUAAAGAGGAUGACGACGUGAGUGUGAUUGCUGUAAUAGGAAAAGAAAACGAUCAAUCCACGAUGCAGCAGCCAGAUGAAAAAUUGGAUGAGAAACAAGAGAGGUGGCAAGUGUUCGAGUUGAGUGACGAACGAUCCAAAAUGGCCCUACGGAGGCAGCUUGAUCUUGAGGCGUUAUCGACCGAGCAGGAUAAAGUGGCAGAUGAUUACGAAGAAAUGGAUAUUUUGCAGAAGAUUCCUCCUGGGACUAUCAUAAUUAAACAGGAGAGAAAAUACAAAGGCGACAGUGAUUAUGUAAGGGAUUCGACGGAGACGAGCAGUGGUGGAUCAACUUCUGGUGGCGGGGCUAUUAAAGUCAGAAAAAUUCAUAGAGUUACGAGAAAGAAUCGUGGUCCGACGGAAAUCAGACGAAACCCCAUACGCGUAACGAAGAAGGAUUCUGACAAAGAUUUCCCCCGACCAAGACAACGUUUACUCUCCACAAAACAAAAGGAAAUGCUCCCUUAUUCCGAACUCAGUAAACGCGGAAAAUCGUCCACAAUGCCGUACAUGAACACGAGAUCCGUUACCAGAAAAAUGUACAACGUGGGAGCGACUUAUCAAGCACCUACGAUAAAGGAUGAAACAGAGUGGAAGGAAUGGCCUGUUCAUGGAAUGCACGAGAGACCAGUGUUCCAUCCUCUGGGUCUGGCUGCAGAAUAUUUGGGUCGUUAUUUUGCAAGUUUGGAUGGCUUCUCUUACCAAGAAAUAGUCGAUCGACCGGACAUAGAAGUGGUAUCUGUGGACCCACACUGUGAUUUCCUACCUUCAUCCACAGAAAAAAAACGAAUCAAGAAAACCAAGCCCAACAAAGGCUCUUCUAAUUCUAAAAAUGUUGAAACAACUUCUGUAGAGUCAUCUGAGAAGAAUAAGUCAUUUGAAAGUUGCAUGCAUGAAAGUUUCCAUUAUGUACUUGGCUACUGCUCCCAACUAAUGACUCCUACAUACAAAACCAACGUGGAAGGCAAGAUCAGCAUACUGAAUAAUAAUAUUUCCAAAGAAACAGACAAACAACCUUCAAUAAUAAGUAUCAUGGAACAGAAUUCCAAAAGUGGACAGAUGAAGAUCCAGGAAAUGGUACGGCCCUCGAAGAGUCCUUUUAUCCUGGUAAAUCCUCCAGAAAUGAAGGAUGCCCAAAUUUUAAAGCCAGUAACGAGCAAUGCAAAUAUGGUAAAAUUAGAAGACAGUUCUACCCGUGAAGAAACCUUGGGCGAACUACCAUCAGUGUUCAAGAAUGAUUUUAACGAGGAAUUAGCCGUGAAAGGGGCCCCGAAGCGAGGGAAUAAAGUAGAAUUCACUGUGAAACAGUACUUCGUGGAUAACGUGCACCAGAACAAGGUUCAAGUGGGAAAAGAAUUGAAUUCUAGCGAAAAAAAAUUACGCUACGAUACUUCUGGCAAAGAAUUAAACGUAAAAACAAUUUCUGAAGGCUUGAAUAAGACCUGGUGCACCAGUGAGGCUGCAGAAAUAGCAAAGAUCCUCUCAGAGUACAACAAGAGCACUUUAAAAAAACCAGCUAUAGAAAAUCAGAAGUUUUGCACCAGCAUGAAGAAUAUCAGGGUUAAAAAACUAUUGAAUAAAGAGGAAAAUGUGAAGCAGAAUGUUCAAAAGAGUCCUGUAGAUAGAAACAAGAACAUAACUUUCCCACAAGGAAAAUGGCGGCGCUUCCACUUGACUGUGGAGAAGCUGAAGGACAUGAAGAGCAAUUCGAACGAUAAAAGACUGCCUUCGGGUGUUCAGAACAGGCAAUCUUUGUUCAAAAUUGAUCAAACAUCGGUGGAUAACUUGUCUGAUAGAAAAGUUGAAGUUUCAAAGCAAUUGGACAUGGUUCAAAGAGCACAACCAAGCAUAAUAAGCUUAGAGAAGAAGGGAACAACUUCAACAAUGAAUAGUGAUGUAAAUGCAGCAAUGGUAAAGACACAAUCUUUGCAAGAACUAUUGGAGAACACAGCCAUGUUAUACUGUGCAGCCACUGGCGCUCAUCAAGACGAUCUAGCCAACUAUGUUGACACUUUGGAUGCUGUACAGAGCAUACAGUGGUUGGACACUUGCAACAAUUAUAUUGUAUGA